AUGAUGGGCUUUAAUGUGGGACAGAGGGGUCCAUCCUUCCUGGAUUUACAGCUAAUUACCAAUACAGAUAUUGAGAAAGCUUCGACAUAUUUUACAGCUGGCUCAGUAGGCUAUCUUUUUGGAUCUUCAAUCUGCGGCUUACUAUAUGAUAAAUUCAACAACAAUCUUCUACUCUUUUUGUCUACUUUUGGAUUAGCUGUUUCAGUUUCUGUUUUGCCUCUCUGUUCACCAUAUGUUUUGAUGCUUGUGAUGUCCUGGGCAAACUCUUUCUUUAUGGGUUGGUAUGAUACUGUGGCAAAUGCAGAUUUGGUAUCGAUCUGGGGUUCUGAAGGACAGUCUUACAUGCAGAUACUUCAUUUUUCAUUUGCAUUUGGAGGCAUGCUUUCGCCUCUAAUAACAGAGCCGUUUUUAGCCAGUUCGGUAGAAGACACAUUUGCUGCUUUCAUUAUGACAUUUGUAGUUAUGCAACUGAACUGGAGCAAAGCACAGGGCAGUCAGAUAACGUCUGUUGUUUGGGCGGCUUUUGCAAUUAUGCGAUUUGUAGGAAUCUUUCUCAUACGUUACACAACCCCCGUGAAAUUACUCUUUAUUUUUAUUGUGAUGUCGAUGCUGUCAUUAACAGGGUUUUUGGUAUGUUCACACUUUGCCUUUAGUAUCGGAGUUUGGGUUUUUGCAGCUUUGGUUGGAAUAUCCGUGUCGACCAUAUUUCCGACAGGUGUUACAUGGACAAACCAAGCUCUUAUUAAAGUGACUGGAAAAGUGACGUCCUCUAUCAUCAUAGCUUGUUCAAUCGGCUCAAUGAUUAACCCAGUUAUUAUUGGCUAUCUGAUGCAAGAACUAAGUCCCAUGUGGCUUUGUUAUCUAUUAUUAGUCCAGAACAUAAUUUACGUCGUAUUUUUUCUAAUCUUAUUAUAUUUUGCGUAUGUGAUUCUGAUUAAAGUCAGGUGUAUGAAAGGUACUGGAAACAUAGACCAAAAUUCAGACGAUUCUCGGGACAAAAACCAGUGUUAUGUUGGAAUAGUGACGUGGAUGUAA